AUGCAGCUUCUCAGAACGAGUGCGCGUUGUCCGCAGGAACCGGGAUACUUGAAGAAACCAGGACGCCGAUCGGGUGCGCCUAGUUGUGGCGACACGGAGAAUCACAACGUUCCGUGGCAGAGACCUGAGCUAAUCGAACAACGUUCAGAGAAGCUGGAUGAACCCGUGAAAAUCUUCCUGGUUCGUCGGGUCCAGAAAUUGAGCGGACAACCGUUUUGGGUGAAAGCUGACAUGCGGAAGUUGAAAUUGUUUGAAUGGGAAGAUAAGGAGGUCAUUCUGAGAAAUACAGCGAGGGUGAACGAGAUCCUGUGGCGUGUGAAGCAUUUGGUUCAGAUCAUCCCCGUUCAGUUGCCCGAAAAUUUUCAAGGCAGUCCAGACGGAUGUCCUACGUACAAAACUCAGAUAAAAGACAAUGGUGUGUUCACUGUUCCCGAACGACUGGUUCCAUCAACGGAGCUUGAAGUCGCCGAAAAGGGUUUAAACGCUAUGGACGAUGGAAGUGUCGAGUUAGGAAAGGUGGAUGAUGGAAUCGAUAUUUCAGCCCUUCGGAAAAUCCAGCCCUUGGACUUCUUCAACAAAUGCUUGGAGAAGGGAUUGAGAAUGGACUGCCGAAAAUUCAUAGAGCGCCGGAAAUUGAUGUUGGAAGUUGGUGGUUCUUCAACUGCGGACGGAUUUGCCAGUGUUAAAUUCGGAGAUACGGUGGCAAUUUGCUCCAUAAAGGCGGAAUUCGGCAAACCUCAGGGGCAUGCUCCGAAAUCCGGCUGGGCUAUUAUCUCAGUUGAAACAAACAAUGUGGAAACACAAGGUGAUGCGGGUGCGGAUGCGGAGGAUGACAUGCUCGAAGAGCAGCAGGUUGCUGAAUGCUGGCUUGAUGAUGCUUUGAACCUUGCCGUUGAUCUCCGUGAUCUUUGCAUCCGUCCCAACGAGCUCGCGUGGGUGUUGUACGUAGAAAUCAAGUCGGUUUCCUUGGAUGGGAAUUUUCGAGACGUUUCUACGCUUGCCCUCUUGUUGGCUUUGCAAAACGUGACCCUUCCCGUUGUUGCGUACAAUGUGGAAAAGAAAUCGAUUCGGAUAUUGAAUUCUUUAGUGCGAUUGCCUGUGAAGCGAAGGCUCUUUCCAUUCACUUUUGUGGUGGAGGAUUCAGAAUUUUUGUUCGAUCCCACUGCGGAUGAAGAAGAGCUCAGUGAAGGAAAAGUAUCUGUCGUCUUGGAUGAAGCUGGGAAUUUAUGCAGCUUCGAAUCGUUGGGUUUGCUUCCAUCUCACAUUGAGCCCAUAAGUCGAGCCGUUGAAGAAUCUUUAAAGCUUUUGCCAGCCUUGAAGACGAAUGUUGAAGAGGCGUUGGAAGGCGCCGGGGCGCCAGUAGCAGUUCCUGAUCGCGUUGUAGUUGGGCCACAAUCCAGUAUCGGUUCCAGAGACCCCGUUGCAUUGACCCAGGUUGAUGCUGCUGUACCAGAUUACCAGGAGGAAGAUGUUUCUAUGUACGAUGCAUGAUCCGUGGCGUCGUUUCUGGAGAUGGUGCAUGUUCGAGUCCACUUCACGGAUGUGUAUCAGGUUCAGGCGAUGCAUUCAACUGCGGCUGUGCUCUGUCACGUUCCAAUAAUGUAGAAGGAUUUCUGAAGGCGAAAAAAAAAGGAAAAUGAAUCUCGAGCCCAACUGUGUGUAAAACUUCAUAUCUUUAAGCAACAAAAUGUCUGCCGUGUUUAUUUCAACUCUCAAAUAUUCUGUAGUUAUUUUGAAAAUUAUACCGACAUUUCUAAAAUGAUGCUAGUUAGCGUUCCAUGAAAGGAACAAUAUCUUCUAUAAUCGCAGACCCUUCUUGGAAACUUCGCAAUUUCCCUGGUACAAUGCACAAAUUUUCAUGUCUUGAGUUGCUGGAAAGAAAAAUAAUUGACAGGAAGCUGAACUUGGAGUCAAGGAAGCAUUUGCCCUUUUAUUUUCUUGUGAAAUGGAACAGUGUUCCCCAACGUGCAGUCUAUGGGAGAUUUUCAGCAUAAUAAAUGCAUCUGAAGUCUGUUAUUGUUAUCUGAUAGUUUGGGUGGGAGUUGAAAUUAUAGUUGAACCUCUCUAAGUCAAAUGUCAAUGGACCAGCAAAAAAAAUUUGACUAGGGGAGG